ACGCUGCCUUUUUAUUCAUGUGGUGAACUUACUGAUGGGCAUUUUGCUGACGGUGGCAAUAACUCACCCUGAAACAGUACCUCCACUGGACAUACAAUAUGACGUUAUUGGAAACUAUUAUUCCUCAGACAGAGUAACAGAGAAUGCUUGUGUUGGUUUUACCAUCUCACUUUUGAUGUUUACUAUCAGUGCCAUGUUGGUGUAUGGUGCUGUCACUCAUCGUGGAGGUUGGCUUAUUCCAUUCUUCUGCUACCUGUUGUUUAAUUUUGCCCUUUCUUGCCUUGUUGCUAUCAGUUUUCUCACCUAUGUCCCCAGAAUCAAGGACUAUCUGGACCAGCUGCCUGACUUCCCUUACAAGGAUGACCUUCUGGCUUUGGACUCUAGCUGCCUUCUACUGAUAGUUCUACUUUCCUUCACCAUUAUUAUAACUAUUAAGGCUUACUUCAUCAACUGCGUUUGGAACUGCUACAAGUACAUCAACAAUAGAAACACACCUGAGAUAGCUGUGUACCCAGCAUUUGAAACACCUAUACAGUAUGUGCUGCCAACUUAUGAAAUGGCUGUGAAGAUGCCAGAGAAGGGGCCACCACCUCCAUACAUGCCUGCUUGAACUCAAUGUAAAUCAAUGACAAAUGAGCAUUUUUCUCAAAUUCAAGCCUGAUUACCUUGCAUUUAAACUUUGAGACUUUGUAAGAGGUAUUCUGUAUUUGUGUAAACUUCUAAGUAUCUAGAAAAUUAUAUUUUGUAUGUAAACUUAUGAUUGAAACUAAAAGCCUUGAAUAUGCAUUUUUUUACUUUCUCUAAUUAACUGGGUGAGUAUCUUUGAUCCUCCUGCACCAGAUUGAGAUUUUUUUAUUUGAAUUGCCUUUCAUUUAAAAUUAUCUCGGUGCAUUUGUAUUUUUAUAUUUUCCUCAUAACAUUAAAUGGAGAGUGGAAUGGUUCUUGGAAUAAAUACAGGACAGAACGGGUCGCUAAUUUGAAAUUUGACCAUUUGAAGUAGAUAAGCAGUUAAAGCACUUGUUGGAAUACUUGGAAGUUGAAAUAAACCAUACUUAGUUUCUGCCACUAGAGGUUCCAGGUUAUCUAUCAUUAAAUGUUAAUGCAACCUCCUGAGGCAGAAAUCAUGUACAGUAGUUUUUCACUGGUCCAUCCAACUUUGCACUAUUUUUUACUGCAAGACAUGGAUUUCAAACUGUUGGAAUUUUCAGUUAAGACUGGUGAAUUAUGUGUCCAUUGACCAUAUGGAAAUGCACUGUUGGAUGUAUGGAUCAAGUGUAUUUGUGCACUUUUCCUUGUGCUGUCAAUUUGCUUUCAGAUUCCUUUCAGUAUGAUAUGGUUUAUUUUUAGGUGAAGGAGAGGAAAUUGUAAUGUUUAAACAAAGUGUUGCUGUUUUAUGCAUUGUAUAACUGAUACAAGUGUAAACAGUUAUUUUAAGGAUUGUAUGAUUCCUUUAUUGUCACUUUAAUCUAAAAAAUUCAUUAAAUGUUUCAAUUUACAAUGCAUUUAAAUUUCUCUUUAAAAUGAUAAUCUGUCUGAUUAAAAGAAAUGUCAUUGCCUUUCCAAAUCCCUAUGUUGAGAUUGUGCAAUAAACUUGCCUGUGGUUA